AUGCUCUUUCUACAAUUUAUAUUUCUGGAUGUUGUCCUUGGAGGCAGUAUCACUGAAAAUGUGGUCCAGGAAAACAUUUCACUUUAUGGAAUGCUGACCUCAUCCUAUGCCAACCAAUCCUGGGCACAAAAUCGUGGCUCUGCUUGGCUGGAUGAUUUGCAGACUCAUGGCUGGGACAGUGAAUCAGGCACAAUAAUUUUCCUGCACACCUGGUCCAGAGGUAACUUCAGCAACAAAGAACUGGUAGACCUGCAGCUUCUAAUUCGUGUCUACUUUUCUGAAUUAACACUGGAGGUUCACAAACGAGCCAGUCAAUUACAGUUCAAAUAUCCCUUUGACAUACAGGUGAGAGCUGGAUGUGAGCUGCACUCUGGAAAGACCACCAAAGGCUUCCUCAAUGUAGCUUUUAAUGGAUUAAAUUUUCUGAGUUUCCAAAACAAAUUGUGGGUGCCAUCUCUAGAGGGUGGCAUUAGGGCCCAGAAGGUCUGUGAUUUACUCAAUAAUGAUGAAGGCAUCAAGGCAAUCGAGUACUAUUUUGAGAGAGAUGUCUGCCCCCGUUUUCUAUUGAGUCUGCUGGAUGCAGGAAAGAUGGAUCUUCAGAGACAAGUGAGACCAGAGGUCUGGCUGUCCAGUAGUCCCAACCUUGAGCUUGGUCGACUGUUGCUGGCUUGUCAUGUCUCUGGUUUCUACCCAAAGCCUAUUUGGGUGAUGUGGAUGCAAGAUGCACAAGAACAACUGGAAACUAAACAAGGCGAUAUUCUUCCACAUGCUGAUGGGACAUGGUAUCUUCGGGUGACCCUGGAUGUGGCAGCUAGAGAGGCAGCUGGGCUGUCUUGUCGAGUGAGGCACAGCAGCCUGAGAGACCAAGACAUCAUUCUCUACUGGGGACAUGGCCUUUCUGUGAUCAUGAUCGCUUUGGCAGUGAUAGUGCCUCUGGUGCUUCUGAUAGUUCUUGUGUUGUUGUGUAAGAAACGUUGGUGAGUUCUUGUAUUUACUCCUUACCUGCUAAUUUUUGUUCCAUGUUUGUUACACCUGUUAGCUUUUGUUUUGCCAUCUGUCUUAGUUACUUUUCUCUCAUUGAUAAGACAUAAUACCCAACACCCCGAAUUAAGGAAGGAAUUGUUUAUUUGGCUCUCAGUUUGUGGAGAGCUCAGUCCAUAGUCAGCUGAUUCCAAGCAAGGUGGCAUGGCACAGUGACAACAUUUCAAAACAAUGGAAGACAAAAAAGGCAGAAAGAGAAAAAAAAAUUAAAAAAGGAAAGAGCAAGCCUGAUUUCCUCACUUAUAUUUUACACAGGUCACCCCCCACCCCCCGCAGGGUAGAAACAAUGAAAAUGACAUGGGACUUUAAAACAAGAUAAUUGGGAGCAGUCUUUUUGCUUUUCACUGCUGAAUAGAAUAAUAUCUCUUUGCCUUCCUCUUCCUUGUUUGGAAAGUAAGGAUCUUGUUUCCCUGCUGAGUUGUUAAACUUCUAAACUUCUCAAGUUGGUGCAAUGUAUCAAUAGUAGCACCUUUUACAAUUUAUCUAGUGUUUCUUCCAUUUUUCCACAGAACAUAUCAGGGUAUCCUAUAUGAUGACUGCUCCAACCUCUCCCUUGGUAACAAGAAGCCAAAUUCCCAGGCACUUUGGACAGCAUGAUGAUGACAUGUUUCUACAAUAUCUUUAAAUUGUUUCUCCUUUCGUGUACUAAUCACUUGUUAAUGUGGCCCAUAUUCUGAUACUCCAUAGGGCAGCACCUCUAUUUUUUUCAGUAGUAUUAAAUCAUUGAUUGCCAUUCCUGAUAUCACUGUUCAGAGAUCUUGUUGACCCUUGUCUAUGAAGCAGCCUUUCUCUCCUCUGACCUCAGUGAGCCCUUCCACUGCACUCUGUUACAAUCUUGUCUCUCUUGUGUCCUGAAUUGCUCUUACCCAGGUCUUUUUUCAUUUUUUUAAUUUUUAAUUCCUUGAGGGUAAGCACCAUGACAAGGGUGCCUUUCUUACAUUCAAUAUAUACUUAAUGGGAAAAUAAACAAGUAAAUGCAAAUCACCAUGUGACUUUAGAAUAACUGUAAUAUUGUUAGUUUUUUCCCUUAUUUUUCUCUCUGAUACUGUUGGAACAUUUGAAACACUGAUGUUCUUUUUCUGGUUUAAAUGAUUAAAUUAAUUGAGAAACUUCA